AUGGAUAGUUAUGAUGAUGAUUAUAGUAUUGCUAGUUUGUUUGUUAAUGAUGAUGAUGAUCAAGUUUUGUCUGAUGAAGUAGUAAGCCAAAAUGAUAAUCUUGUGUCCAAAAAUAUUGAUGCUUUAGUAGCUGAUUCAGAUGAUGAUGAUGUAGCAGUAGAGAGAUUUGAUGUUGUAGCUGAGGUCCAUGCAGAUGCAUGUGACUCAGAUGAUGAUGAUGAUGAUGAUGAUAUUAUUGUUGACAAUGUUAUUGAUAUUUUGUUUAAAGAGGAUCUUGAUGGGAUGAUUUUUGUAGAAAUAUUGGGAGAUGAAGUUAAUAAUAGUCAGUUAGUAGGUAUUGAUGAUUUGAUGAGUGAUGAUAAGAUACAUGGAAGUCAGUGGUAUUCUAUUAAUGUCAGGGAGAUUUUGGCUAAGAGUAAUGACAAGAAUGAACCAACUGAGCAGAUAGGUUACAAUGUUUUAGAGGUUUUAAAUAAGCAAGAAAUCAGUGAAGUGAAAUGUGGCAGUGAUGAUGAUUAUUUGGAAUCUGAGAAUAACAAAGUCGUGGAACACACACAAAUAAACAAUUAG